AGGCUCGAGAGAACCCUUCUCCCUCGCUCCUGCUGAGCCUCACUAUUCUCCUAUUGCUGCAGACAUGGUGGCCAACAGGUCAGUGACCUGAGAAGCACACUCGUCACCUGCUUUUCUUUCACAGCCCCCGCAGCGGGAGAAGGAGACCCCGGCCCGUGUUGACGCGCUCCUCCGAUGUGGAGUGCAGCAAUAGCUACCCACCAAUAAUUGUCCUUCAGCCUCUUCACGGGUUGCUUUCCCCAUUCCCCUUCUCUUCCAGCUCAAGCAUUCAAGCUUCCCUCACCAUAGUCACCGGUGGUUCACAUUCACUGCCUCCCUCGAUUCUCACAGCGCACACACUGCUUGCCAAUACCUAAGAACCAUCCCACCCCAACAAGGCCAACCAUGGCCAUGGCCAUGGCCGGGUCGCUGCUCCUCCCCUGGGUGGAAGGUUUAGUCGGCAAGGCGGCCGACGCGCUGGUCCAGAGGGUCACUAGCAUGUGGGGCGUCGAUAACUAUCGCCGCAAGCUGGAGGACCAACUGGUGUACGUGCGGUGCCUGCUGGCCGACGCCGAGGAGAAGGCCGAGGCGAAGACGGAGGCCGGCCGCGCCGUCAAGGCGUGGAUGAAGAAGCUCAAGGCUGCCGCUUACGAGGCCGACAACGUCCUCGAUUCCUUCCGAUACGAGGCUUUGCGCGAUGAGGCCCCGCCCAGCAAAUCAGCUUCACGAAAGGUACUCUACUUCUCACGUGAUCGUCUUAUGUUCCAUCAUAAGGCGAGCAGGGAUCUCAAGAACGUGCUCGACAAGAUUGAGGAGCUGGUGGCGGAGAUGAAUACAUUUGGUCUGCUAGAGCGGGCAGAGGCGCCACAAGCUCUGUAUCGGCAAACCUGCUCGGCACUGGAUGAGUCUCUGGAUAUCUUUGGCAGGGAUGACGACAAGGAGGCAGUGGUGAAGAUUUUGCUCGAUCAGAAAGAUCAGAAAGUUGUCCAGGUGCUGCCUAUCAUUGGAAUGGGAGGUUUGGGCAAGACCACACUAGCCAAGAUGGUGUACAACAAUCAUAAAGUCCAAAAGCACUUUGAGUUGAAGAUGUGGCACUGUGUGUCUGAAAAUUUUGAAGCCACAACUGUUGUCAGAUCUGUCAUCGAGUUGGCUACAAAUGGAAGAUGUGACCUGCCUGACAACAUGGAGCUGUUGCGAGGGAAACUCCAGGAAGCGAUUGGCAGGAAAAGGUUCUUACUGGUUCUUGAUGAUGUGUGGAAUGAAGAGCCUCGAAAGUGGGAGGAUGACCUGAAGCCUCUAUUGUGUUCUUCUAAUGGCGGAUCAGGAAGCAUGAUAAUUGCCACUAGUCGCAGCCAGCAAGUGGCCUCCAUAAUGGGCACCCUUCCACCCCAUGAGCUAGCAUGCCUGAGUGAAGAUGAUUCGUGGAAAUUGUUCACAAAGAAAGCAUUUAAUAAUAGAGGGGCACAAGAGCAGCCAGAUGAGUUGGUCACUUUCGGAAGACGCAUUGUUAAUAGGUGCAAAGGACUACCUCUUGCUCUGAAGACAAUGGGUGGGUUGAUGAGUUCAAUGCAUCAAGUUCAGGAAUGGAGGACCAUUGCAGAAAGCAAUAUGGGUGAUACAGGCAAUGAAGUAUUGUCCAUACUGAAAUUGAGCUACAAAUACUUGUCAUCUGAAAUGAAGCAAUGCUUUGCAUUCUGUGCAGUUUUCCCUAAGGACUAUGAGAUGGAGAAGGAUAAGUUGAUCCAACUAUGGAUGGCAAAUGGUUUCAUUCAUGAAAAUGGAAAUAUGGAUUUGGCAAAGAUAGGUGAACUUGUUUUCAACGAGUUGGUUCAGAGAUCCUUUCUUCAAGAUGUAAAUGUGAAAGAGAUUUCUUAUGGAUAUAGAUGUUAUAAGGUAAUUAGAUGUCAAAUGCAUGAUUUAAUGCAUGACCUAGCAAAAGAUGUCACAGAUGAAUGUGCAUUUGCAGCAGAGUUUAUCGAUAAAAAAAUACCAAUAAAUGAUGGAGUACGUCACAUCCUGGUUUCAGGUGAUGAAUGGAAAAAAACCAAUGGAUUAUUCAAAUCCACAUCAUCUCUCCGCACUUUACUCACUCACUCAGAGAACAAGGAUAUUAUGGAAAUUAAUUUGAUGUCAUUAAGAGCUUUGCAAUUGAGAGGUGGAUGCCCUUCUGUCAACUAUAACCAACUCACAAGUACAAUACAUUUACGAUAUCUUGAUAUUUCUGAGUCCAACAUUACUAAAUUGCCAGACUCAGUAUGUUUGUUGUAUAACUUGCAAUCGUUGAGGCUCGAUAAUUGCAGUGGGCUACAGUAUUUACCUGAAGGUAUGACAACUAGUUUGAAGAAGCUCAUCCAUAUUUAUCUUUUGGGAUGUUGGAAAUUGGAACAAAUGCCUCCAAAACUUGGCCUGCUGCAUAAUCUUCAUACACUAACAACAUUUAUUGUGGGCACUGGAGAUGGCUUUGGAAUCGAGGAGCUCAAAGACCUGCGGCAUCUUGGCAAUAGGUUGGAGCUGUACAACUUGAGGAAUGUAAAGAGUGGGUCAAAAGCCAAUCUCCAUGAGAAACAGAAUUUAAGUGAACUAUUGUUGUGCUGGGGCCGCGACCAAUUCUGCAAUCCUACAGAUGUUGAUGCCAUCAAUGAGGAACGAGUGCUGGAAUCUCUCGCACCACAUCCAGAAGGCGAGCUAAAAGAAUUGGAUGUACAUGGGUAUGGUGGUCUGGCAAUUCCACAAUGGAUGAAAGACCCUCGGAUAUUCCUGCAGUUGAGAGAACUCAAUAUUUCCCACUGCCAAAGAUGUGUUGAUCUCCCGACGGUUUGGUCGUUUCCAUGCAUUGGGCAUUUGUCUUUAUCCAACAUGGACAGCCUGACCACACUAUGUAGGAACGUUGACGUGGAAGCUGCAGGACACAAUACCCCUCUGCAAAUAUUCCCGGUGCUAAAGACGAUGCGGCUAAAGCAUUUGCCAAAGUUGGAGAGAUGGGCAGAAAAUAGUGCAGGAGAGAUUAAGAGCUCGAUGACAUUUCCCCAGCUUGAAGAGCUAUUUAUUAGUAACUGUGAUAAGCUUGCAAGUCUUCCAGACACACCAGUUCUGAAAUAUCUGAGCCUAUCUAAUGGCAAAGAGAAAAACUCUGCUACAGGUGCUCUCAUUCCGAUGCCUGUGCCUUUGGACUGCUUGUCGUCUCUUGUUCACUUAGAGAUAUCUUUUUUGCUGGUAGACGUGGUGAUGCCUCAAGACGGCCAGCAAAGUCAGAGUCAAAGACCUCUGGACACCCUGCGACGUUUGUGGCUUAAGGGUGACGACGGCUUCGUAUCAGUAUUUAACAAAUCCAAAUUGCAACUUGGACUUCGGGACUGCUUGGUACUCGUGGAAGAAUUGCGUAUCGAGUUCUGCUCCAAUAUUGUCCGCUGGCCAGUGGAGGAGCUCCGAUGUUUGCCUCGUCUUCGACGUCUGAGUAUUUCGUAUUGCUCCAAACUGGAGGGGAAGGGCUCAUCAUCUGAGGAAGAGGAAAUCCUUCCGCUGCCCCAGCUGGAAACAUUACGUAUAUCCUCUUGUUACAGCUUGCUCCAGAUCCCCAAGUUGCCUGCAUCCCUCGAGGAAAUCGACAUUUCCAUGUGCAGAAGUUUGUUGGCGCUGCCUUUAAACCUCGGAGAUCUGGCCAAGCUGAGGAACCUCGAUGUGUAUGGAUGCAGUGAAUUGAAAGCACUGCCUGAUGGGAUGGAUGGCCUCACUUCCCUUGAGCAGUUGCAGAUUGGUGUUUGUCCAGGGAUCGAGAGAUUUCCGCAGGGUCUCCUCCAGCGGCUCCCAGCCCUGAAACGCCUAACCAUAUAUGUCUGCCCUGACCUGCAGAGGCGUUGCAGAGAAGGUGGGGAGUACUUUGACUUGGUCGCUUCUAUUCCGUAUAAAUACAUUGAAGCAACUGAAAGAAAGAAGCCAUUGAAGUGGUUCCUUCCGUCGUCGUGCGGUGGUGGUUCUCAAUGUCAAGGCAACUGAGCAGUUUGGGAUGAUGGUGCACAUCAGAGUCACGGGCGUCGAAAGGAAGAAGCACAUCGAGCAAGCAAGCCAGUUUUGUUGCUCUGAUCUCGGCUGGAACUGUUUCUCAGGAUAUCAGUUUGGCGAAGGCUGAACGGAACCGCUCAAGACUGCAGUAGUUACACCAUCGUUUCCUUCACUUGAGAUGGGCCUACUACUGGAGCCAACUCCUCUGAGGACGUGGUUUUCCAGAAUGAGCUUGAGCUGCGAUUCCUCGACCAGUCAUACGAACGCCUUUAGCGUCAAGGCAUAGUAAAUUUUCACCUACGGCUACACUACAACUGAACCUUCAUUAAAAAGAAGAAGAGAAGAGAAUACUUCAUCGGAGGUCCUUCAGCCAUCUCCAAAGAGAAGGGUCAGAACUACACGGUAGUUAAAAGAGAUGAAGCAACGCAGUUGGCAGUCCAAUGAUCAGGCGGCUACAGCAGGCGUGCAAUGCUGAGAGAGGUGCUAUGCAAACCAAGCGCUGAGGGCUGCCAACACACUGACCAGUCCUCCCUGAGUGCCCUUUUCAAGUGCAGAUUAGCAGACAGAAGGGAUCUCGGAGGUAGAUUCUGAAUACGGUAGCAUCUGGUUUAUGUGGCCUGCGAAUGCAAUCUCCACAGGAACCUCUGCAUGUGUAAUGUGUUGCUUUGCCAAUUGCCAUCGCGCGUGGCAUGCUUGGUUCGAUUCAUUGGCAGAUUUCUUUUUUUUAAGGACAAAAUGUCAGAUUUCGCUACAAGAGAUUCUUGGAAAUUUGACUCCCCACCUAUUUUCUACCGUUUGGUUUAAUGCCAGAGUUGUUUGAGCAUUGCCAAGAAUCUUUGGCAUGUAAUUGUGAACUGUAAAUCCACACACCUGAAUCUUUUUUCUGUCAAAAUCGCACAUCAAAAUGUUUCCAAGG